AUGACUUAUCGUAUUUUGGAGUGGGACCGUCGAGCAUAUCAGAAUCACUCGUUCUUAAACAUUCCUUCCGGAUAUAGAGUUGUGCGUUUCCUCUCGCUCUCACCCACGAUCUACCCUGUUAGACGCAUCAAGCAUCCCGACUUGAAGAUUCUCCACACCUUAUCCGGACCCAUGCACGUUCGUGAUAGUGCAUAUACUCGACUCGUGGUAGUUCGGGUCUGCAGUGUGAUCGCAGAGAUUCGGGCUAUCACGAAUCACGGCCACUUCUUCUUCUCUACGCCCAGACAGAUUAUCUCAGGAAUUCUUGUCUAUCAUCCUACUCCAGGCAACAUUGGUCAAUAUUCAUCCACCUGUGCUUUCACGAAUCGUGUUCAUGCCCAGACAGAUGAUGGCUCUACGUUCCCUGUGCUGUGGAAUUCUUGGGUCACCAGCUGUCUGGGCUUCGACACACUACUCCAGGCUCUGAUCCACACCGCGCUAGGUCUGUGUUUCAUGGGCCCUGAUAAUGCUCGAAUGCAAACCGACGCACGAUUUUGGCGAUGUUCCUGUGGUGGUAGUACGCUACUCCAGGGUGACUCUAAUCAAUGUCUUGGUUACAACGAAUCGUCAUGUUCCAUCUACAUCUCUGCCUCGUCCAAGUUCAUGGGAACUCAGACUGGAAUCCUCACCAGGAAGGCAGGUCAUCGUUUUGAGGUUGUCUAGCUUUACUUGUUGAUGCGAUAAUCUGCAGUAACCAUUGAUUCCGGAUGAAGUUAAUUUACUUACGAUAAUGUCAUCUUUGGUCAUUGUACGUGUUCAACAUCC